UUAAAUGACAAGUUAAUCAUAAAAUAUUAAAAAUAAUACAUUUAUAACAUCACAAUUAUCAACGCUAACCUCAUUAUAUUAUAUGCCUAUCAAAAUUAUUUUCAAAAGUUAUUCAAAUCAUCAUAUUUAAUUAUUGUCUAAAUAAACAUAUCAUUUUAUCGUGAUAAAAAUCUUUCACCGUGAGGUAGGACUUUAUAUAAUUUUGAAAUAAACUAUGAUCAACUAGAAUAUGCAGAUCGUAUAUAAAAGUAAUAUAAGUAGGAUAUUUGUCAAGUGAUAUUGUUUCUUCUUCCUUUUCAGCUCUGGAGGAAUAAAGCACAAUCUAGCAACCAAACAUUAGGACAACUAUCAAAGUCAUCCAUAUUCGGGGGUGAAUAUUAACCGUAGUUCUGUGAUUUCUUCUUCAUCUUUACUCGUGAAAAUUCAGUCAUCAUUUCUUGUUAUUGACACCGCCAUGUCCGAAGCCAACUCUCAGAAACCCAAGUCGACACGCGAUCUUCGUCCCACACCUUCAACCGACCCUGCUCAUCCCAGAGCACCAAUCCGGAGCUCUAAUGGAGGCGGGUACGCUGGGGGUACUUCGUUUCCGAACCCACCCGACCCGGUGAACCCGGAUCCUUCCACUCUCAGAGAGCAAUGGAGGUUUGCUAUCAGGCAAUACAGCAAGUGGUAUUCCCACGCAUGGGGCACUGCCAUAUUCGCGGGUGCCUCCUUUUUCGCCCUUGGAUGGAUCGUCAAAGGCGGCAAUCCCUUGCCCUCCUUCGAUUCAGGCCGGAAACCUGAAGACUCCAAACGCGGAGCAGACUGAUAAAUGGUGAAUUCGAUUUCGGACUGAUUCUUGCAGUUCGGUAGCGCCCAGAGAGGGGAAAUGCUUGUUGGUGAUACUAGGGUGGGGAUAUGAGCUUGGAUCAGCUACACUCUCAAGCCUCAGAUCACUAAAGAAAGAAUGGUGCUGGUUUGGGGUUAAACAUGUAAUCCAUCAUAUCAAAUGUAUAUCCAAUAAUUUCUGUAUAAUAAUUUACACCUGUAUUUUUUUUGCUUUUCUGUAAUGAAUUAAAUAAAUAGCAAGGUAUUAGUGUGUUCUUGCUUACAUGCAUAAUCAUCAUGAGAAUUGCAAAAUAAUGUUGGACAAUUUAUUAUAUUCAGAACAGACAAA